AUUUAAUUGUUUUUUCACAAAUUUUUUAAUUUGAAAAACAAUAAAUAAAUAUUUUAACUAUCUUCAUCAACUCUGCUCAACUGUGAACAUCCGGAUCUCCGAUUCCAGUACAUUUUAUCAAAAUUGUUAAUUAAUUCAUGUAAUUAAUCAAAACAGAAUUAUAAUUUAGAAUUACUAUGUUAACUUCGAAGUUUUCGAUAUUUGGGAGUGGUAGGGUUUCGUCUUCAAACAAGAUUUCUAGUAAUAGCAACAACAAUGAGGUUAAACCAAGGAUUAAAGUUAAUUUAGAUAAAGAAGUUUACAGACCUGGUGAUUCCAUAUUUGUUACUAUUGAAAUUUCCUUAAGUAAUUUUAGUGAUAGUAAUAGCAGAUGGGAUCACAGUCUAUUGAUUGAAAAGCUCGGUUUCGAAAUUAAAGGCGUCGAGAAGUUGGAUACUCAAUGGUUUUCUACUCAGAAACCUUUGCCUGGAUCUAGACACCCUAGAGGUGAACAUGUUUUCAUGGUGUCUUCAAUACCAUCACUUAUUUCUAAUCAAAUCUUGUCUUCUGGUUCUACAAAAUCAUAUAUGGUGCGGACUGAGCUUCCUGGCAUUGUACCACCAUCUUAUCGAGGUUCUACUAUUCGCUACCUUUACUAUGUCAAGGCUACAUUGUCCGGACGAUGGCUGAUAUUGGAGAACGGCCAUGCUCACAGUGAGUCGUCUAAAGAUCUCAUUGAACUGGAAGCUCGUGUUCCAUUGACUAUAUGGGUGACUCAGAAUAGCAAUGGCCUGCUAAUGGAAGACUAUCAAAGUGACGGGAUUGUUCCUGCUACAACCCUCCAACUGGAUGUAUACUGGAAAGAAAUGGAUGGAGAUUCUGAAUGGGGUAGAGCGAAUGAUGUAGAUGACGGAGUUGAGGAAGGUUACGACAGUUCCAGAGAUGAAAUCUCGUCUGUUUCCUCCUAUAACCCUACUAAAGAAAACCUACACAAGACAUUUGGAAGUUCUUUGUCCUUGCAAUCAUUUGCCGCACGUACGAGUUUAUCAUCACCUGUGGCACUUCCUCAACUAUCCGCCACUGAGGUUUUAUAUGAUCCAAAUGCAGAUAUUUCAUCAGUUGAUAAGUCAUCGCCCGUUAUCUCUUCAAGCCAGCAGCAGAAGAUUGUGAAAACGCAAUCUGAGGAUGAUGUUGUCGGGGAAUCCUCUACACAUGGAAUAAGGAACAGGGAUCCUCCAGCAUCAGAAGGCUUUAUUCGUGGAAGGUCUUACAACAUCAGAAUGGAUGAUCAAGUUCUGCUGCGAUUUUCCCCAAAGAAUUCUGACUCUACUUAUUACUUCAGUGACAUGAUUGGCGGAACUCUUACUUUCUUUCAUGAAGAAGGAUCUAGGAGAUGCCUUGAGGUCGUAAUAACCUUGGAAACUUCAGAGACUAUAAAUCGGAGUUUCGUUCAUCCUUCUCGCCGGAAUGCUCCAACAAUUACGAAGGUUCAGAGUGAUCAUCAUGAGGUCGUUGUAGAUUUGGUGCAAACCAGCUUUCUUUUUUCGAUUCCCAUGGAUGGCCCCAUGUCCUUUUCCACUCCGCAUGUCUCUGUGCAAUGGGCUCUACGAUUUGAAUUUUUUACCACUCCAAAGAAUGUGGACUGGAGCAGAUAUGAGCACCCCCUUCUGGUAGAGAGUAGAGACAAGAGUGAGUGGGUUCUGCCAAUCACUGUGCAUGCACCUCCACUUGGUGCUCCAGCUGCCAAUUCCCGAGAUGAGAAGUUUUUCUCUUUGGAACCUCUGUGGGUUCGUACUUGAAGGUAAAGGAGCUGAUAGGAAAAUCCUAUCGAGCAUUACUGGAUUCACAAUUUGUUAUCAUGGGAAGAGAACCAAGCAGAGGUGAUAGCUCCACUGUUCUGCAAAUGAACCCUUAGUUCGUACGAAGGGAAGACGAGAAAGAAAAUGUGCAAAUGUAGAUCAAGUAAAAUUGAGUCAUCUUUCCCUUUAGAGUGGCAUGUGAAUACCUGACUCAGAUUUUCGCUUCUUUAAAAUUGCAUUAACAUUUUUGGGGGGUGUAAAGGGCAUAGUAAACAAAAGAUGUGGAGCGGAUUAGUAAAGUUCGGAAGUCUGAGAGCUUAGCGCUUUCAGUGUCGAUAAGAUUUUUCGAGAGGAAAAUGUGACUUUGUAAGUUGAUAAGUGUGAUGAAUGCUGUCAUAUGCACACAAUUUUCUCUUUUUUCAAAUGCUUCAACAGAGGUUUUCCUUA